CUCCAGAUUAUAAAUUAUCGAUUGCCUCGACCUGUUUUUUCAUUAAUAGCACUCUUAAAGUUUAUGCACUUUCUCAGAUGUAUAAAAUAAGGUGGGAUAUGCUUCUCAUGAUUCAGUAUAGCUUGCAAAACCAGCGCACAUCAAGAUGGCCUCAACGAAAUUGCUUCUUUUACUGCCCUGCUGAGCAUUAUGGCCACCAGUGGAUCGGCACAGGGCGGUUUUGGGAACUUUGGAUUACUAGGACCUUCUAGUCCGGCGCUGCAGUCCUUCGACAAUUUUGUUUCAUAUGUGAAAACGGAGUUCUACUCAUUGACUCCCACCAAGGAUGGAUACCACUUUAAAUUGGAAGAGCCCAAUGGCAGCAAACGCGAGGAAAUGGUUACAUUCCUGAAUCCUGGAACGGACCGCCAAGAAACAGUGGUGAUGGGAUCAUACUCCACAUAUGAUGAGAAGACCAACACCGAUUCUGUUACCAUGUAUGUUGCCGACAAGAAUGGUAAUAGAGCCCGCUACCAAAACAAAAACCGAAAACUGAAUAUUAUGUGCCUCAAAAGCUGCACUGGCUAA